GGCCUGGUGGGUGUGUGAGGAGGUAGGGGUCAUAGAGACAGGUUGCCUCCACCUUCUACCUGGGACACAGGCUUGAGGGGCGGAAGGGGUGGAAGAUGGGAGCCAGGGCCUGGGGUGGUGUCUGCUCCCUCAUUCCACUCGUAGCUACCGGCAGGUGUGGAGUUCGGCUGCAGGAAUAUCUCUUUUGCAGUCCACGCAGGGCUGGAGUCCGAUGGACCAGGGGUGAGCCCUACUCCUGCCUCCACUCUUGCUCUGGGGAGAAGGCCGCCACCUGGGGUCGCAAUGGAGUCUAAACCAGCCGAGACCCAUCUAGGGCUUCAGACCGCCUUCCCAGCCUUUGUCGCCUUGCAGCAGCUCCACACAGCCGGGAGCGCACGAGGGCGUGGCCCGCAGAUUGACAGCGCAGGCCCCGGCGCAUCCCAGUCCCUAGGGCGACGCCGGAAGCGUGUCCUGGCCGAGACAUUCCUUGCUGCCCCGCAGCCCGAGCCUCGGCGACUUUAGUUGCGACUCGGUCGAGAGCAGGAAGUUCAAUACCUACCGGCCUGAAGCGGCGGCUGAUCGCCAUAGAAACACCGGAAACGUGCUCCGACCUAGCGCUUCCCUGCGCCACAGCGGCUGCGGACUUCGGUUCCGCCGGCGUCGCAGCCUGAAAGUGUGGCCUUGGCGGUGGUGAGCGGGAGAAGGCCGAGUCCCGGCCUGGUGCCUGAGAAGGAGCCGGAGAUGGCUGCAGCAGAGGCGGUGCACCACAUACACCUGCAGAACUUCUCCCGCUCGCUGCUCGAGACCCUCAACGGGCAGCGGCUGGGUGGUCACUUCUGCGACGUGACUGUGCGGAUCCGUGAGGCUUCGCUGCGUGCCCACCGCUGCGUGUUGGCUGCCGGCUCGCCCUUCUUCCAGGACAAGCUGCUGCUCGGCCACUCCGAGAUCCGCGUGCCGCCAGUGGUGCCGGCGCAAACGGUGCGCCAGCUCGUCGAGUUCCUCUACAGCGGCUCGCUUGUAGUGGCACAAGGCGAAGCGCUGCAGGUGCUCACGGCCGCGUCGGUGCUGCGCAUCCAGACGGUCAUAGACGAGUGCACCCAGAUCAUCGCCCGCGCCCGAGCCCCGGUCCCCGGCGCGCCCGCGCCCCUGCCCACGCCCGUGCCCCCACCUCUUGCACCUGCGCAGCUACGCCACCGCCUGCGCCACUUGCUGGCCGCGCGCCCUCCGGGCCACCCCGGUGCCGCGCAUAGCCGCAAGCAGCGCCAGCCCGCGCGCUUGCAGCUGCCGGCGCCCACUGCGCCCACCAAGGCGGAGGGGUCGGAAGUCGACCCCUCCCUACCCGCGGCCACAGACGACGGCGGUGACGGCGAGGAGGACACCGAUGAUGAAACCGACGGCGAGGACGGCGAAAGCGGCGGCCCAGGAGAGGGCCAAGCGCCCCCUUCCUUCCCAGACUGCGCUGCCGGCUUCCUCACCGCCGCCCCUGACAGCGCGUGCGAGGAGCCGCCCGCACCCGCCGGCCUUUCGGACUAUGGCGGCGCCGGCAGGGACUUUCUUCGGGGCGCUUCCGCGGCCGAGGAUGUGUUCCCCGAGAGCUACGUCUCCGCUUGGCAAGAUGAGGAUGGCACCGCGGCGGAAGCCUGUCCCGCCGAGACGCCGGCCCCGCCUGACUGUGUCCUGUCUGGAUCCCGAGCCCCAGGCGUGAAGACCCAGGGGCCACCUGUCUCACUUUUCCCCUUUCAUCUGGGCGCUCCUGGGCCACCUGCGCAACCUCCUCCCGCACCCUCGGGGCCUACUCCUGCGCUCCCUUCCGCCUUCUAUCCCACACUCCAGCCAGAUGCGGCCCCUAGCGCUCCUGCUCCUCCGGGGGAGGCCCCAGCCCCGCCCACCGCUCCCGCUGCGGCCCCCUCGGCCACCCCUGCCAGAGCCCCGGGUUCCGAGCCGCCUGCCUAUGAGUGCAGUCACUGCCGAAAGACGUUCAGCUCGCGGAAAAACUACACCAAGCACAUGUUCAUCCACUCGGGGGAGAAGCCCCACCAAUGCGCCGUGUGCUGGCGAUCUUUCUCGCUGCGCGACUACCUGCUGAAGCAUAUGGUCACGCACACAGGCGUGCGCGCCUUCCAGUGCGCUGUCUGCGCCAAGCGCUUCACGCAGAAGAGCUCACUCAACGUGCACAUGCGCACGCAUCGGCCCGAGCGCGCGCCGUGCCCCGCCUGCGGCAAGGUCUUCUCACACCGCGCGCUUCUGGAGCGCCACCUGGCCGCGCACCCUGCACCUUGAUCCAGGCCUGGGCCUGGCUACGCCUGCCGCGGGAUUGACCACGCUCCCGCGCUGUAGGCCAACCCCUGCAGGUCCGCGACCUCCUGUGGAACUAGGCCACGACCACUGCGGAACCGGUAACACCCCUGCCGAGCCGCUUCACACCUGCCUAGACGCCUUGACCACGUUCCCACUACCAAACCACGUUUUCCCCAGAGCGCAGGCCCUCCCUCUGCUACCACCCUUCUUUCCAGACCUGACCAGGGGUUCAGCCUGCCUUACUACUGUACUCCUUCGUACUCGGACCCUCCUGAUAGUGGCAGGCUGGGGAUGGGGCUGGUCAGAGACCCGACCAUCCCUGAGAACUGGAUCAUCUCCAGCCUAAACUGGGCGCUCAGACCCUUGGGCCAGGCCCAAGAUUUGUGGCUCUGACUCCUUGCGUGAGUGUGGGUUCUGGAGCUGCUCCUCUCUGCCCCAGUGUCAAGCUGGGUAAGAACCCUGGCUCCCCACCCCGAACUACCCCUCCCUCAAUCUGGUGUCUAAGGGGGCUCAGUGGACCCAUCAUGGACUGGGGUCGGGCCUCGGGACUCCUGCUCUCUAAUAAAGUACUGUGGGCCAUGGGUCCGAAACCCGGAA